AUGCCAGAACAAGGCCCCAGAAUGAACGGUUUCUCUCUGGGCGAGCUGUGCUGGCUGUUCUGCUGCCCACCUUGCCCUAGCCGCAUUGCUGCCAAGUUGGCUUUCUUGCCCCCGGAGCCCACGUAUACAGUGCUGCAGCCUGAGCAGCAGCAGCAGGAGGCUGGGGCUGCAGCAGCAGGGUCUGGGACCCCAACUGGAACGGGCAGCUGCAGUCUGCACUUGAGUGAGCGGGCGGACUGGCAGUAUUCACAGCGGGAGUUGGAUGCCGUAGAGGUUUUCUUUUCUCGCACAUCUCGGGAUAACAGGCUGGGGUGCAUGUUUGUGCGCUGUGCCCCUGCCAGCCGGUAUACGCUGCUAUUCUCGCAUGGCAAUGCUGUGGAUCUGGGCCAGAUGUGCAGCUUCUACAUUGGCCUUGGCUCUCGCAUCAACUGCAACGUCUUCUCCUACGACUACUCUGGCUACGGGGUGAGCUCAGGCAAACCCUCUGAGAAAAACCUGUAUGCAGACAUAGACGCAGCCUGGCAGGCCCUCAGGACAAGGUAUGGUGUGAGUCCUGAGAACAUAAUUCUGUAUGGUCAGAGUAUUGGAACGGUCCCGACAGUGGACCUGGCAUCUCGGUAUGAGUGUGCAGCUGUAAUCCUUCAUUCUCCUUUGAUGUCUGGAUUACGGGUAGCUUUUCCUGACACCAGGAAAACAUAUUGCUUUGAUGCUUUCCCAAGCAUUGACAAGAUAUCUAAAGUAACCUCUCCUGUGUUGGUAAUUCAUGGUACUGAAGAUGAGGUAAUAGAUUUCUCCCAUGGCCUGGCAAUGUAUGAGCGAUGUCCACGCGCAGUGGAGCCCCUCUGGGUGGAAGGGGCUGGGCAUAAUGACAUAGAGCUUUAUGCACAAUAUCUAGAAAGACUAAAACAGUUCAUAUCUCAUGAACUCCCCAACUCCUGA